ACUAGGACGCUACUAGGACGCUACUAGGACGCAAUCCGGGCAUCGCAGGAUUCCACCGACCGGUGCGGUUGCCCGCGGUGGCCGUCCCGCGGAGUGGGUCCGGGCGGGGCCGGUGGCCAAAUGGGACGAUCUCGCCAGCGGCAGCGGUGGCUACGAGGGAGCGCGUGUCUGGUGGCGCUUCUUUGGGUUGGUUCUCCCUGUUGGCUUCGAUGCAGAGUGAGGAUGUCUGCUGUGAACGCCAGGGAGCCGGCGGGCUGGAAGUGCGUGAGUGGAUGCGGCGCGUGUUGCAUGCUGGGCACUGAGGACCGUCCAUUCCUAAAGGAACUUCUCAGCGAGGAGCAGCUGAAGACGUUCCGAAGUCUUCCAAGAGAAGACGGCUGGUGCAAACACUUUGACCACGAGAGCCGCACCUGCAAGAUCUACGACGAUCGUCCUGACUUCUGCAGGGUGAAGACGUUUCUUUGUGCGCAGGCGCCUUUCUUUGGAGUCGAUUCGGCGGACGAAGACGCCUUGGGCGGUUUCUGCGCGGACAGCUGCCGACAGAACAUCGGCGACGUCUAUGGCGACGAUUCAGAGGAGAUGUUGAAGUUUGACUCAGAGGUGUCAGUGUUUCUUGACAUUGAGAACGAGGAUGGAGAGAUCCCUGAGAUGAGCCCAAAGAAGUCUCAUUUUUUGGUGGAGAAGCCACGGGCGUUUUUCAUGAUGAUGGAGUUCCACAAGGCUGGCAAGACCUGGAAUGGAAGGAGUUGGAGCACGACAGUGAGAGGACGACCAAGCGCUGAGGCGACCGAGGACGACUGAGACGACUCCGACCCCAGGCAGAGGCGAAGGCGGCGACCUCCAUGUCGCCGUCUGCGCAGACGAAAGGAAGACGGAGACCGAAAGCGUGGAUGCCGAAAGGACAUCGACCCUGUAAGUAAGUCGCUCUGGUGUAACGUGCACCAGAAGAAUGCACGAGGUUUGGUGGCUGCGGAGUGG